GAGCUGUACAGUGUUGGCAAGUCUCAGGAGGUGGAGGGGAUCGGGCUAAUUGACAAAGGCGCGUGAAACGGGUCAGUACCGGGGCACGGCAUGUCGCGGCAGCGCCCCCCCUCAGGCUCCCGUGGUCUAACAGGCACUUGCCUCUCUCUUGCAGACUGGAGGACCAAACAAAGAAGCUUCACAAAGACAUGAAGAAGAGCACUGAAGCUGACCUAGCCAUGUCCAAAGCUGCUGUGAAGAUCUCUGUGGACCUGCUGAGUAACCCUCUGUGUGAGCAGGACCAGGCGCUCCUGGACUCCAUGACGGCCCUGGACACGGCCAUGCGUCGCAUGGAUGCUUUCAACCAGGAGAAGGUGAACCAGAUCCAGAAGACGGUGAUCGACCCGCUGAAGAAGUACAGCAGCGUGUUCCCUAGCCUGAACAUGGCGGUGAAGCGUCGUGAACAGGCCUUGCAGGACUACAAGAGGCUGCAGUCCAAGGUGGAGAAGUAUGAGGAGAAGGAAAAGACCGGACCCAUGGUGGUUAAACUACAUCAGGCCAGGGAGGAGCUGAGGCCCGUCAAAGAGGACUUUGAGGCCAAGAACAAGCAACUGCUGGAAGAGAUGCCCAAGUUCUACAGCAGCCGUAUCGACUACUUCCAGCCAAGCUUCGAGGCGCUCAUCCGGGCCCAGGUGGUCUAUUUCACCGAGAUGCACAAGAUUUUCAGCGAGCUGACUGAGCAGAUCGACCAGGCGCGGCUGACGGACCCGGAGCGCGAGCGGGAGAAUGAGGCCCGCCUUAACGAGCUGAGGGCCCUGUCUAUUGUCGCUGACGACUGAGGACGGUCUCUCUCUCUCUACCGCUUUCCAAACUGCCUCGCUUCCCUUAAAUCACUUAAUCAAGUCUCAUGUUUUUAAACUCUAGCUACAUUUAAAAGCCAUCGGCAUCAAGCUGUCACUCCCAAAGACUGUAUUGUUUUUAGGGGUCAUGCAUUAUUUCAUGAGCAACAUCGUUGCCGCCACUCGUGGCAUAUUAGUAUGUUUUUGAAGAUGGAAAUCCAGGCAAAAGCUAGCAUGACCUUUUGAUGAAUUACUUUGUUUAAUGACCAGCAUUUCAAAGCUGUUAAAAUCUUCUUCAUGAAUGUUAUUUUUACAGCCAGGUGAUUGACGGUUAAGUGUGAUCUGAAAACCUUAAGUGCCAUUCGAGACACUUAAAUACCAAUAUUUAUGGGCUGCUUACAGUCUGGCCUUUUUCCCCCAAAUGUCCUCUUAAAGGAUCCCGAGUGACUCCGUUUGUGUGGGACGAGGAUCCCCGACUUCUCCCUGCGGGGUCUUGAUUCUCCCACGCCUGAUAUUCAGGUGCCCUAAUAAUUGCAUGUGUUGCGGUGCACUAGCAUAACAGACAAAUUGUUAGAGUGGAAAAACGGUGUAAGACGGUCGCUCGGGAGUGAGCAUCCCGGCUGUGGUCUACGUUCAUGUUCUCGUUCAUGAAGAGUGCCGGUACUGGUGCACAAAUAGAACCUCAGCUUUCCUAGCAAACAUGUAGCUCCAUCGCCCUCUAGUGGCACUUGCCGUACUGUUUUCUUCGGUUAAUUUUUUUUCUAAUAUAAAUUAGCCUGCCCUCUUAUUAUGUCAGUGGUCUGUUACUUUGUGAUAGGGGCCAGAGAUUGUGUUUUGGUAAGUUUAGUAUUGUGCCCUCCCAACUCUAAUCAUGUAGCCAUGAUUGUGAUUAACGUUCCAUAUGUUAAUGCAAGUGCAGGGUUUUGUUCUUUUUUAAAAUGUAUGUUAAUGAAUUAAUGUAAGUUGAUGUUAAUUUUUAAUUUAGGGUGAUAUGGGUCAUUGUAACUUUGUAAAAACUGUGCCUUACCGCUCAAAUCUCAAGCUUCGGCUUUUUUAAUUUGUGACAAACACUACAGCACUAUUCACCAGAAUGGCCGUGUAUUUAAAUCAGCAUUAGGGCUCACAGCAUUAACUUUAACCGUAGGUUUGCUGCAUUUCCUGAAAUGUUAAUUGAAAAGCAAACCCUUGCCUUGUGGCAUUUCUCCUGCGUAGGUUUUUACCGUUAAGCCAUGGUCCCGGCUAACAGCAAUACGACAUGCCUACAGAAGUACCUUAUAUAUCGAAGCCUAUGAUUUACCAGUUUUACAUGAAUCUGUUUCAUGAUGCUGUCCUUCUGUUUAUUUAUAAAGUAUGACACUGUUCUAGGAAAUCAGCCUGUAGGUCUUUUUUUCUAAUUGAUGCGAUGUGUGAAUAAAUAGCAAGAAAUGUU